GAGACUUCGCGACUUUGCGAAGCUGCGGCUGCUCUCCAUGUGAGCUCCGGCUCGAGGAGCGAGGAAGAGGAAGAGAAGCGCGAGAAGACGAAGGGGAGCGAGCGGAGCACCUCGCGGUUCGCGCGCGCUCACACUGACUCGCAUGUGUUAAAAUCGGCGCUUUUACUCCGACCGAGUAAUUAUGGGUUGUCAGAAAUCCAAGCUGAGCGAGAGGCAGAAUGGCGGUGCUCUCGAUGUGAAGAAGCAGCAGCCCGUACGUACCAACCAAACUAUCUAUGUGCGAGACCCCACCUCCGGUAGCCCACACAUAGCAUCUUCAUCCCAGGAUGGACAUCUCCUCCCUGGUCAGAUGUUCCAGAAUAUGGAAGCCCAGAAAGAGUCGGGUAAAAUAGUCAUUGCUUUGUACCCAUAUGAGGCCGUGCACACUGAUGACCUGGGAUUCAAGAAAGGAGAAAAACUUAAAGUUCUCGAAGAGAAUGGAGAGUGGUGGAAGGCCAAGUCCCUCACCACCCGGAAGGAAGGGUUCAUCCCCUCCAACUACGUGGCGGAAAUCGAUACGAUGGAAACCGAAGAGUGGUUUUUCAAGGACAUCACGAGGAAAGAUGCAGAGAGGCAACUUCUGGCACCUGCCAACAAAGCUGGGUCUUUCCUUGUCCGAGAGAGCGAGACCUCGAAAGGGAGUUACUCCCUCUCAAUCAGGGACGUGGACAUUCAUGGAGUGGACAGUGUCAAACAUUACAAAAUCCGCACGCUGGACAACGGCGGCUACUAUAUCUCCCCGAAGAUCACCUUCCAGGACAUUAACAGCAUGUUAAAGCAUUACCACAAGCAAGCCGACGGCCUCUGCAGGAAGCUGGAGAAACCAUGCGAGAAGCCAAAGGCACAGAUGCCAUGGGAUAAAGACGCAUGGGAGAUCUCCAAGGAGUCCAUCAAGAUGGUGAAGAAGCUGGGAGCCGGACAGUUUGGGGAAGUCUGGAUGGCCUACUACAACAACUCAACCAAGGUGGCGGUGAAGACCCUGAAGCCGGGCACCAUGUCGCCGGAGGCCUUCCUUGAGGAGGCAAACCUGAUGAAGACGCUGCAGCAUGAUCGCCUGGUGCGCCUGUAUGCCGUGGUCACCAAGACCGAGCCCAUCUACAUCAUCACGGAGUUCAUGGCCAAUGGCAGCCUCUUAGAUUUCUUAAAAAGUGACCCUGGCGGCAGAAUACAGCUACCAAAACUGAUCGAUUUCUCAGCCCAGAUCGCCGAGGGCAUGGCCUACAUCGAGAAGAAGAACUACAUCCAUCGAGACCUGCGGGCUGCCAAUGUGCUCGUGUCCGAGAGCCUGCUGUGCAAAAUCGCCGACUUCGGCCUGGCGCGAGUCAUCGAGGACGACCAGUACACCGCCAGAGAGGGAGCUAAGUUUCCCAUCAAGUGGACCGCCCCGGAGGCCAUCAACUACGGGUCCUUCACCAUCAAAUCCGACAUGUGGUCCUUCGGCAUCCUGCUCUACGAAAUCAUCACCUAUGGGAAGAUGCCUUACCCAGGGAUGAGUAACAGCGAGGUCAUGACCUCUGUCCAACGGGGGUACCGGAUGCCGAAGCCAGAGGACUGCCCCGCCGAGCUGUACGAUAUUAUGGGCACCUGCUGGAAGACCAAACCUGAAGACCGGCCAACAUUCGACUACAUACAGAGCGUGCUGGACGACUUCUACACCGCCACGGAGGGCCAGUACCAGCAGCAGCCAUAGGAGACGUUUCCUCAGCGGGAGGCCAUUGGCACCGUGAUCUGAAAGCAUCUGGACUGGACGCAGCUGGAAUUCUGCUGGACAGUCUGACCAUUUGCUUAUUUUCAAGCAAAUGUGACGGCAGAUUUCUGUUCUCAUACUUCAAAUUGAAGUUUGUAACAUAAACAUAUUCUGUUGCAACUUUUAAAUUACUCAGGGUACUUUUAUAAGUAAACUGUCUGUACAAUUUUGUGUUUAACAUUUUGAAAAAAAAAAGUUGAAUUAUUUAAAUAUUUUAGUCAGCUGUUCAUUCCCAUCUAAUAGACUGAACCAGUUACUGAAGUUCGAUGAUGGGGUUCAGGCUGCUGGUGAAUCAGCACGUAUGUUUUAACUAGGGGCGUAAGGAGUUGCGAAAAGAUUACAUCUCUAGCAAUAUUUUUAUAGUUUAAUAAUCACAGGUGCCGUUUGCAAAUUUACAUUCUUCAAGACGGCUGCUCUUCAUUAAUAAGGACAAGUCUUCACAGAUGGAUACAGUUCUUUAGCUCCACAACGGAAGUGCUCAAAGUGGAAUGAAGGAAAAAGACAUGACGCUUACAGCAAAAUGUAAAUGUUUGUGAACAUGGAAUACUUUGCAUGUUGCUGGAACAGUUAUUGGUAAAAGUAUGAAGGAAAGAUCCUGCAUGGACUCUCUGCUACACACUGCCAGCAAUAUGGUAGAAUGGCGGUGUGCAUCUUGGCUCCGUUCUCGGGUCAGCUGCUUUCCUGCUGACAAAUGGAUAUCAGCCCCAGGAAGUACUGCAUUACACCCCAGUUAGUCUCAUUUAUAUAACAGUUUGUCUGCAGCUAACAAUCAAUCUUAAGGCAAGGAACAAGACUCAGUGCAUAAAAUGAGCAUUAAAUGGAAAUAUGUCUCUUAGGCCUUGGCUGAUUUAAUACUCAUGUGAUUUAGCUGACGGAAUGUAAAGUUGGUUCUUAGUUCAUGUACCAUGUCAGGUGAAUUCAUGCACGAGGUCCCUGAUCUCAGUCAUGCCUGUGAUGUCCACCACUGAAAGGACUUAUAUGGACUUCUUUUUAAUAAACUGCCAUUUUUUUUGUUUUUGCUGAUAUUUUUAAUACAUUUCAUGAUCUUUAAAUUUCCCAGUGGCAC